UGCUUUCUGUAUUUUUCCUACCUUCUUUGUAAUUUCUUUGAUGUCCAGGAAGGAUCUAGAAAUCUGCUCACAGUGCAGCUUCAGUUUAAAAGUCAGAGAAAUCAGCUAUGAGAAAGGAAAUCGAUAAGAGAUCAGAUUUUAUCAGGCUUUUCUAAAGCUUAAUUCCAAAACAUUAGUAACAGUGAUGUUUUAAAAGAUCACACUUUAGUUCUUAGAUCAGACUUUAGCUUUAGCUCACUACAUAGACUAAGUCAUAGCUUUAUGAGAGGGAUUAAAAAAUAUAGUUGAGAAGACAAGGUGAAAGAAAAAUAGGAUUGAUCAACUAUCCUGAAAUAUAAGGACUGCAACUAGAGCAAGACGACAGAAAGUGCAGGAAGACGUGUUUUUGACCUUCUUUUUUGUGACGGACAAGUAAUUUUAGCAUUACUCAUGUUGUAAGAAUACAAGACAUCACCUGCACGAUAAGAUACAUGAACACAGAAAGCUGUGACCUGAAACUCAGCAUGAAACAGGGACACGAGUUUACUCAUCUUUUCUAUGACCAAUACACCAUGGGAAAUGAAACCACAGACUACACCAACUGGCAAGCGACAACAGGAAUUGACUAUGACGAUUCCACGCCUUGCCCUGCAACUGAGGAAAAGCACUUUGCAGCAAAAUUUUUGCCACCUCUUUAUUCUUUAGUGGUGAUAUUUGGCCUGACAGGCAACAUGCUUGUUGUCCUUAUCCUGCUAAAAUACAAGAGGCUGAAGAGUAUGACUGACAUCUACCUGCUCAACUUGGCAAUUUCUGAUCUGCUCUUUGUAUUUUCCCUCCCUUUUUGGGCUUAUUAUGCAGUUCACGACUGGAUUUUUGGGGAGGCACUCUGUCGAAUUCUUUCAGGUGUCUACCUCCUUGGCUUCUACAGUGGCAUCUUCUUCAUAAUCCUGCUGACCCUGGACAGGUACCUGGCCAUAGUGCACGCGGUGUUUGCUUUGAAAGCCAGGACAGUUACCUACGGCAUCCUCACCAGCGUCAUCACUUGGGCUGUUGCUGUUCUUAUUUCUGUCCCUGGGGUAGUAUUUCACAAAACUCAGAAAGAAAGUUCAGGCUAUACUUGCAGUGCUCAUUAUCCAUCAGAGCAGAGGAAUACAUGGAAGCAAUUCCUCACCUUAAAAAUUAACAUCCUGGGACUUCUUAUUCCAAUGUUAAUCAUGAUCUUCAGCUACACACGAAUUAUAAAGACGUUACUGCAAUGUAGGAAUGAGAAGAAACAUAAAGCAGUCAGGCUUAUUUUCAUUAUCAUGAUUAUCUACUUUUUUUUCUGGGCACCAUACAACAUUUGCAUUCUCUUGCGUGAUUUUCAAGGCGCAUUUUCCAUCUCUACUUGUGAAGGAAAUGGUCAACUGCACAAAGCAAUCCAAGUGACAGAAACAAUCUCAAUGAUCCAUUGUUGUAUGAACCCUGUAAUCUAUGCCUUUGCUGGAGAAAAAUUUAGAAAAUAUCUUCGCAGCUUUUUCCGAAAGCAGAUUGCAGUCCACUUGUCUAAAUACUGUCCUGUUUUCUAUGCUGAUACAGCUGAACGAGCGAGCUCCACCUACACACAAUCUACUGGAGAACAAGAAGUUUCUGCUGCGUUAUAAGUUAUGUCUAGUGAAAAAACGAAUUUGACUCUUGUGAGAUCAACUCUACCAUAAAAGCCUGCUGAAUCUCUCCUGGAUAUUGUCUCUAAGGCAGCUGAAAAAAGAAAAAUCAUAGAAUACACAUUUACCAAAGUUUGCAUUUGCUCACAGACUUGGGUAUUUGUAAAUAUAUGAAAAAGAUGCAGCAAAUUACCUGACUAGGAGCCUGAUCUAGCAGGCUAACAGAUUUUCUGAAGUGAAUUUGAGGUUAUAAAGUUACACUGGUUCUUUGGAAAAUUCUCUUGACUUUGUACAUCACACAAGAUACCUCACUCAUUGAUACUCAGUCUCAGUCAUAUUUUUUACUAGUCUGGUUGUCUGUCUCUGUAAAUAAGUCUAAAUUACUAAGGUCUGUCAUACAGCAUGGAAUGGAAUAUUUUAUACACUUAGAAUGGACUCAGAUAUUUCAUGGUAUAUUUUCCUUUGUGUAUGGUUGAGUCCUAACCACUUAGAUCUUUCUCAUAAUAGUUCUAACUGCUAGGGGCUAAUACCUGAGUGACUUUUUAGUUUGAUUCUUCUUUUACUCAUCUGUUCUUUUAUAUGCUAUUCGUGCUAAAAAGAUAAUAUAAUUGAGCUAUCAUUAAAAAACUAAUGUCCUAUAGCUGAUCAGAAAAUCAGUGUGAUGACAGUAUUUUAAAAAUAAAGUGUUUCAUAUGGAGCUUUAACCAGGUUGGAUCAAAUGUGGAGAGUGAGUGAAGAGUGUUUUAGUUUUUUGGUGCAGUGAUUUUGCUUGCCUUUUUUGUAGCCUACAUAAGAGAAAAACUUAAAAAAAAAUGAAUGCAGGCAUAAUGGCUAUUGCUACAACAGUGGUGAAACAGAUGUGAAAAUUAUUUCUGAACUGGAUUGACACAGAUGUUUUUAGAUAUAGGAGUAUGCUAUAAAUAUUUAAGUUAACAAAACAUCUGAAUAAGUAAAAAUAUUCCCUGUUCUACAGAGUCAAGGGCAUAGACCAUUUCUCUUUUGUUUCAGAAGUUGGUAUCAUUUGGGUAGCUGUGCCAAUGGGGGGUUUUUGCCAUUUAGGAGUUUUACAGAGAGCAAAAUUUUCAUAAUUAGUAAGACUGGUGAUUAAAUAUGACUGAUUCUCCAUAAAGCUCAGAACCUGUAAAGCAUGGGAACACAUAGAAAACAUGUAAUAAAUAUUGGGCUACUCAGGUGCUUAAGAACACAACAUGAUCACAGUACUAAUUAAUUUGGUCCAAUUUCUCCUUUUAGCAGUUCUUAUAUUACCCCUAGGACAUAUGGUAUUGGACAACUUUGGAGACAGGAAAUAAAAAGUGAAUAUUUUGUUUGUUGUUCCUAUCCAGAAGGGCAAUUUCUGUUUCGCAGCUUCUCUUGAGAGCCUUUUAAAUAAUAUUUUCAAAGAAGCAAAUGUUUCAAGAUGUUUCAAAGAAAUUUUACAGUGGAAAGUGCUUGCGAAAACAGGAAGUGAAAUAGGGAAAUCUUUACUUAUCAAACCACUUGUUUUGUGUUAUUUAUUUUGUCAUAUUAGCACCACUUUGGAACUACAUCCACAUGGGAAGUGUAAGAGAAGUAUACCACACCUUCUCAUCUCAUUUACAAGAUUUCCAUCUGCAUACUCUUCUUUAAGGCCAUUUGUAUCAAUUACUUUCUGGACUUAGUACAUGCUUUUAAAAUGGACAAAUAUAUCAGCAUAAUGACAAAUACACACUUUCUAGUCAGGCUGGAUUUUUUUGGGUUUUUUUUUUUUUUACUUAUAGAAUACAUUUAUGAAAACAAUUUUAUAUUUUAUUCUGACUAGUUGUUCCUGCCGCACUAGCCAUGUAAUGAGCCACUAUUCUGCUCUUAACAAGAACUUUCUCUUGGUCUUAAAAACACCUUGCCUUUAGGAAACUACUUUCUCUGGAGGGCUUUGAUGCCAAACACAGUAAUUCCUCUUUGUCAUCCCUUUGGGAGCAAAGCACAACAACUAAACAUGCGUGGGCACACUGAUAAGCUUUCUGAGAGGCACGUCAAAACUGCCCUGAUCCUUCUACAGCAUGGGCCUCUAAUCAUGGAUCUUUCUAAGCAACAAGCAGCUUCCAGAGGAAAGAGGUAGAACUGAGAUUGGUGGCCCAGCAGUUUGGCAGCUUAUCAAGGGUUUCCAUCACUUCACUGGAAAGGGAUCACACUUCAGUACAUGAAAACAAGUCAUAGUUCAGCAACUGCAAUGAACUGUGAUCCACAUUCAAGGAGACAAUUGAAAACACAGUAUUUGAUUGUACUGCUGGUAUAUUCAGUUAAGGACUCUGCCAAUAACUGUAAUAAUACUUUGUAUUAUGCCAUCCAAAAAAGUUGGUUAACUUUUUUGUUAGACUUCUUGAUCCUUCCCCAUUUUUUAGAAUAGCCCAGAAGAAUGAAAAAGGAAAAUAAAUUCCUCUUCAUAACACUGAAAGAACAGGCAGGACAAAAUUGUGGUUUUACAAGCGGACUAAGAACCAGCAUAAUCAAAAAACCAUCAAUAUAACUCCAGUGCUCUUGACUGCUUGUCACUAAUAAUCUAAUAAUAAAUAUGCUAUUUUGGUUGUCAUUACA